GCGUACUCACCCUAGCACUUCCCGGACGGUAUCUGGCCGCAAUUAUGGCCAGCCGCGGAUGCAUCUGACGACGAUCACGUCCAGCGCUGAGUCAGGAAGGUCUUAGAGGCUCAGCUCUUGCGCCAGAAGAGAGGUCGGUUGCAUAACUACCCAUUUAUCAGGCCUGCAGGGGGUUGUUGCAGCAAACAGGUAGACAACGUAUUGGUAUAACAGCCGGAGAGGGGAGGAGAGGUUUGCUUGCUUGCUUGCAGUUCUUGCAUGCACCGCAAGCAAGCUGGCCGCGUUUCCUGAGUGCAACAGCCGGUGGUGUGUCCCCCCCUCCCUUCCUCUUCCGGACUCCGCACCAUUGCAUAGACAAUGAAAAUCAUACGGGUUUUGCUGAUUGGCUGUGGAGGAGUGGGGGGGUCACUACUGGAGCAGAUCGUGAGCAACCGUGAACGCCAUGCUGCUGAUGGUGUCCGAAUCGCAGUGGCUGGAGUCUGCGACAGCAGGUCAGUUCUGCAAGCACAUAUCUCAGCCGGUCAUAAUGAUAUCGACGACGACGUGCUAAAGGCGAUUCUGGAAGCCAAGGCAGCCGGGAAGUCGAUGACAGAGAUAUGCAAGGAGAAGCUUUUGGAGGGAAUUCUGGUGGCGGAUCUGUCCCCACCACCAGCGGACGACCUUCGCAAUCUGAUCAAGAGCAUUCUUCGGUCGGAGGAUACGGUUCUCAAUGCGAAGCACGGGUUGGUCGUUGUGGAUUGCUCUGCCAGCGAGUCGCUUGCGCCUGUGCUUGCCAGUGCUGUGCAGCACGAUGGCUGCUGUGUUGUGUUGGCCAACAAGAAGCCGAUGACAUCCAGCUUGGAGGUGUACGAUGGACUCAUGUCGACGGCGAGGCGGUUCCGCUACGAAGCAACGGUUGGCGCCGGGCUGCCAGUGAACACGAUGCUGCGGCGGAUGGUAUCAGCGGGUGAUGAGGUACGUCGGAUAGCCGGUGCGCUGAGCGGGACGCUCGGGUAUGUGAUGUCGGGCUUGCAGGAUGGGAGGCCUUUCAGCGAUGUGGUCACGGACGCUAAGCGGCUCGGCUAUACCGAGCCUGAUCCGCGGGAUGAUCUCGCUGGUAUGGACGUUGCUCGCAAGGCUCUGAUCAUGGCGAGGCAGCUGGGGUGGAGGCUGAACAUGGAGGACGUGAAGGUGGAGAGUCUGUACCCCGACACACUGUCCCCAGCAUUCAUGAGCUCGGGCGAUUUCAUGGCGUCCCUGACCGAGCUCGACGAGUCGUAUCGGCACAGGUGUCAGGAAGCCAAGGAACAAGGUUGCAUUUUGCGAUACGCAGCCGUGGUUGAGAAUGGCACAUGCUGCGUGGGACUGGUGUCUGUCCCGCAACAUAGCCCUCUGGGCCGCCUUCGAGGCAGUGACAACCUUGUGGAAAUAACUAGCCGAUGCUAUUCCGGAUCGCCGCUCAUCAUCCAGGGGGCCGGUGCUGGCAACUACACUACAGCCAAUGGAGUUCUGGCCGAUAUCCUUGACUUACAGGAUGUUGUAUGAAUCAAUCUCUGAGGCAUUGGAAUAACCAACCAGGCAAAGAUGCGGUGUGGAUAUGGCUGUCUUGAACUGGGGAAGGAAAUAUAUAAGGAAAAGAUGGGUGCAGGAGGGAGGUUUGGAUUGCGUAAUUCUCUCUUUGCCAGGAAUUCAUUCAUUAGCCUCCACAAUGGAGAGAGCAUGGUUGUUAUCAUCGCACUGAUUUGCCUUGCUUUGCCUCUGUAAAGGAGCGCAGGGUAGCACAAGGAAAGCGAAGAGGGGACCAGGCAGGCGCAUCGCACAGUACUAUGCAGGAGUGUGCGCUUGACGCAGUGUUUCUGCACUGUCCUGAGUGAAGUUGUCCAAGGGAGCAGCAUCAGUGGGCAUGCAGGUGCCACGCGGCAUUCAGUGGUAGGUAGGUGAAACGGCCCCAAAGAGUUUGGCAGUGCCGCCUACUACGGUGGCCUUUCCAAAUCGAUCCGUGUGGCAUCUGAAUUUCGAGCUUGCUUGAAUGCCUGGGAAGGGUAGUUUGAAGGCUUUUUUCCCCUCCCUCCGUUAAAAAAUGGAAUGUG